GGUUUAGGGUUAGGGUUUUAAUUUUUUCCAAAAAGCAAAGAAAUCAAAAUUCAACAAUGGCAUCGACAUCAACAUCAGCAAAGAAGGUGAAUCUCAAAAGUAGUGAUGGUAACAUUUUCGAAGUCGAGCAGGAAGUGGCGAUGCAAUCACAAACCAUCAAGCAUAUGAUUGAGGAUGAUUGCGCUGAUGAAACCGGAAUCCCUCUCCCGAAUGUGACCAGCAAGAUUCUGGCCAAGGUCAUUGAGUAUUGCAAGAAGCACGCCGAAGCAGCGAAUACGGAUGAAUAUGGAAGGCCUGUUGAUGAGAAUGAUAUCAAGAACUGGGAUGCUGAGUUUGUCAAGGUUGAUCAGAAUACACUCUUUGAUCUCAUAUUGGCGGCAAACUUCUUGGACAUUAAGAGUCUGUUUGAUCUUACAUGCAAGACUGUGGCGGGCAUGAUGGAUGGUAAGUCACCCGAGGAGAUUCGCAAGACGUUCAACAUUAAGAAUGACUACACUAAGGAGGAAGAGGAGGAGGUUCGUCGCGAAAAUCAAUGGGCUUUUGAAUGA